AUGACAGCUGGAACUGUUGUUAUAACUGGAGGAAUUCUUGCAACGGUGAUACUCCUGUGUAUCAUUGUCGUGCUCUGUUACUGUCGACUACAGUAUUAUUGCUGUAAGAAGAAUGGCUCCGAUCCAGAUGCUGUUUGCCCACAACCGCAGUUUGCCUGCAACUCAUGCAGCACCCCCAGGGUGGAAGGGGCCACGGCUACCCCACUCUCCCUGUCACCAGAACCCACGCCACCACAGAGUUUCUGUCCUACCUGCUCGCCCUACAGCUCUUCGUUCUACGCCCGCACAACGGAUGAAACACGGAACGGGGGCGAACGGAUCAUGUACAUGCCCACCCACUAUGACAGCCCCCUGUCUCUCACUCUUCCCUCUUUACACAGCGCAUCGCUGAGUUCCCGAACACGACCAGAAUUCUACUCCAACACACGUGCCAUUAGCACUGAUGUCUGAUCAGUGACGUCCGCAUUGGUCAAAUUGGUCGCUGUAACUACAGUGCUCAUACCUGAGUGUUACAAU